AUGGAUAUGUCAAUGACGAUGGAAAUGUCCCCCACAACCACAGGCGCAAUGUCAAUGGCAAGCUCAACGGCAACCUCGACCUCUUCAUCCGGUAUGGCCAUGAUGGGGGCAGACUCCAUGGCCAUGACGUUUUUUGUGUCGACUUCCACACCACUCUGGUCCAACGCAUUCACGCCUCACAACACGGGAGAGUACGCAGGAAUUUGUAUAUUCCUCAUCGCACUUGCAACCGUGUUUCGACUGUUGGUUGCGUUCCGGGUCAACUUCUUCGCGAUAUUUGCUGCUGCAAGGCAGGGUCGUUACGAUGGUCUUAUACAGUCCCACGCAACCGAAGGCAAACCGGCGGUCCGACCUUGGAGAGCAGAUGAGGCUGUUACGGUGGCGGCUUUAGAUGUCCUCGUUGCGGGUGUGAGUUAUUUAUUGAUGCUUGCUGUGAUGACCUUCAACGUCGGAUACUUUGUGUCUAUAUUAGGGGGCGUGUUUCUGGGGAGCAUGGUUUGCGGUCGAUUCACUGGAGGUUCCGGUGCUCAUUGA